AUGCCUUUGUGCUGGGAAGCUACGUUUGCGCUGCCUGCGCGCGAUCCCAGCGCCGUUCUCUAUUCACGACGGCAAACCUUGCCAUCCGUCGAAACAGAAUUCCCAGUCAAGCCGGCGCCAGUUUCUUCUCUAGACGAACUAUUCACGAUGAGCAGAAGGGACUAUUUACACAAAUGGCAAAGCCAGAACGCACAUGACCUCGACCCGGUCCGUGGUCCGGGCACCGUAAAUCCGAAACCGCUGUCGCGGGGACAAUGGGUUGGAAAUAUGUUGAAUGAUAGCGGAUCAACUAUAGAGGAAUCAAUGGAGAGGUCUGAGAGCCUCGCCGAGGAAUCGUCAGAUAUUCAAUUUGAUAUGAGCGAGCAUGAUGAAGUUGGAGAUAUUUUGGAACCCGGUGACUUGGUUGGAUUCUACACUGGCUUCGGUCAGGUGAAUCCGGCAGUAUAUGUGCGCUCUGUUGAAAGACAAAAGCAAUUUUACACGUCCAGCGGCAAAUGGCGAGUUGCGACGGAUAAGGGCAUCGAUCUCGUGAUUAAAGGCUUCGUACCCAAAGAAAUGAUUGAUAUCGUGACUCCAUACUUCCCAGAUACUGCCGCGUCCAUGAACUUCAAUAUGCAGGAAAUUAUCGAAGGAGGAGUUCCUCGUUCGGUGGCUAGACCCCUCAUCGCCGCACUUCAAAAGUUUGCAUACGAAGAAAAAAGGCUUUACAAAGAGAAUGCAAAAGGAAUGGACAAUUUAUAUUCUCUGAUUUCCUCAUCGAACGAUCGUCGCGUAUAUUCUCUGCGCGAAAUAGCCGCCAAAGCAAUAAACGUGACUCCGGAUAAGGUGACUCCGGAAGCGCUUUUCAUGACGCAUAAGGCUAUCCUACGCAUACCGUUCCUUAUUCUGGUGGAUCGUUCAUCUAUUUUCACUGAUAGAUAUGUGGUGCACCCAGAAUGGUUUGGCAAAAACCUACACACUGUCUGGGGCUGGGUCCGUGAUCAUCAAGAUCACCUAACCCGGGUUACUAUGCAGCACAAUUCAGAUUUCAACGACCACCCCAUGCAGAAAUUUCUCUCCAAGGCUAAGAGAUUAAUAACACAAAGCCGAACUAUAAGAUCGCCUACGACUAUGGCGAGCGUGGGUCCAUCCGCCCAGCGCCUCAAGCCCGAGGAAACGACUGAUGGCCGAAACUUCAAGAAGGUAAUCACGGAGGCGUUUGACAGCAACGACAAGAAGAUCAUAGACUACCUUGUGCACUGUGCUAUUCCGCCGUUCCGUGUUAGUAUCGGCAUUGAAAGAUAUGCCGCUAUGCACAUCAUGAGAGCGACAGGAAUGUACAAUGCUAUAGAGCUUCAACGCGGCGCGAUUCCUCUCCUCCUACAGGAGCUGGGGGUGCUCCCAGCAUGGGAGAAUAUAUAUUCCUUGGACCAGUUCCUUGCUCUUCCCGGUCAUCAUAUUGAUCCUGCCGUGGAGAAGAGCGUACAAGCGGCACAGCAAGCCGCCGUCAAACCCAAUCGCUACGAAAAGGAUGCGAUGGCCGACACGAGGGUUGAUUGGGGUGAUUUGCCUAUUUACUGCAUUGAUGACCCGGGGGCAAAGGAAAUCGAUGAUGGUAUCUCCCUAGAAUCCGUCCCCGGAACCAACGAUACCUUCUGGCUUCGUGUGCAUGUUGCAAAUCCCACUGCAUUCGUGCCGCAUGAUGACCCCGUUUCUCAAAAUGCCGCUGAGCGUCUGUCGACUGUCUAUCUUCCCGAAAGAGUGUACCCCAUGCUUCCACAAGAAGUAACUCAUACACAUUUCAGUCUUGCACAGGGUCGCCCUACCUUUACCAUUUCUGCUAAGGUCAAUCUAAACGGCGAUGUCUUGGAGACAAAUAUUACAAACGGUCGGGCCCAGAAUGUGAUUUACAUGACUCAUGGGAAGUUACGAAGUAUCUUUGAUACUGAUAUGAAGGCAUCACAAACUCUUACAGUUGGGGGUGAUCUCCUCCCAAGAUCCGACGAUCAUUUCAAAGAUGACCUCAGCAGUGAGGAAAAAGAGACCUUCCUUACUCUGAGGAAGAUAAUGAGUAACGUUCAUCUGAAAUGGAGAGAAAAUGGCGGCUUGACCUGGCCCAAUCAGUACCACUCACAGAACCUUUCCAUUCACACCGGGAAAGACAUACCGCCAUAUUUGUUUUCGGAUUCUCCAGCAAAAGGAGGCUACUACCUAGGUGACCCCAUCAUUGGGGUCAUACUGAACGCGGUAGAUCCUUAUGAAGUCCCCGAUAUGAGCCAGCAAAAUCUUGUUUCUUUGGUCAUGCAAUUCGCCUGCCACACCGCCGGGCGAUGGGGUGCAGAGCGCAACAUUCCCCUCGUCUAUGACGGAGCUUACUUCCACCCAGAGUAUCCAGCCUUGACACCGGAAAAACUGAGAAGCUUCACUAGCGAGGACUGGCUUCGUUACUCACCCCCCAGGGGCCACAGUUCCUCCAGCGUGCUAGCACACAGCGGUCUAGGCGUAGACGCAUAUACCAAGACAACCAGCCCACUGAGACGAUACACCGAUCUUCUGGGCCACUACCAAAUCGAAGCAGCUCUUCGCUACGAGCACAAACACGGCGAAAAAUUCAAUGGCCAAAAUUCCAAGGCCGCUUCUUCACUACCCUUUUCCACCAGUGAUGUCGACCAGGUACUCGAACGGAUGAAACUACAAUAUCCUCUCAUCAAAGCGGCGCAGUCUCAAUCCAAUCACUUCUGGACCUGCCAGUUCCUGUUCCGCGCUUUCUAUUUUGGCGAGAGCGAACUCCCGGAGACUGUUCCGUGUCUGGUGCGGCAGAGAUUGCAAGGUCAGGCUACCUUGGGCACGAAUUAUAUGGCGGCUUAUGCUGGUGAUAAUUUACCGUUUGGUGUUCGCGCACGGCUUUUUGUUACCAAGGAAUUUGAAGAUCUUGAUUUGCUGAGUACGGUGGAAGCUAAGAUUGUUGCUGUCAAUAUGGCGCAGCAUGUCGUUGAUAUGGAGGUUGUGAGGAAAGUCAAGAGUUGGGAAAGGACUGGAGAUUGGGCUUAG